AUGCCAGCGAAGAGAACAGUUACGAGGGCGCGUUCGGCCCCGGGUCAGCUCCACAGAGCGCCCUACCGACGAUCACCACCACUAUCACCAAGACAACAGGUUACUACGAUCACAGUAACCGCUCCAACCCUCACUUCGGGUGGCGGACCCGAGGGAAGUGUCUCGCAGGUAGCUGCAGGCAUGCCGUUCGAUAUUCGUAUGUUCUUGAGAACAAGGCGGGUCGCGGCUGGGGGUGCCCAUCUAUCCUCUCCGUUUCUGCUGGGAGAGCCUAGAGAAACAGCCUCGCCGAGACCGAGAUCUCCCUUACAACGGCGCCGACACGGGUCAGAACCCCCUCUGGAGGGACUACCUGUCCCGUUGAAGAAGAUUUCUCGUUGUGGAGUCAAGAAGACGGCCAAGGGGUCGUCACGACAAAAGGGUCCUAGACCCAAUGCCACGAGUUCUCAGAGCAAGUCAACAGUUAAACCUGGGGACAAACGCAGAGGGCGCCCUACGGAGGCUGAGGCAGUCAGGAUUCUUGACGAAGCCGGGUCCGCAAGGACUGAACGUUUAGUACGUUCGGACCAGCGUCGAUCUGGAGUCGGGAACCAAGGACAGCUGAUGACGCCACCGGGUGCCCGACCUGGCGUCGUCGCUGGACAGCCAACAGGGAACGGGAACGGGGAUGAAACUGGUCCACCUGCCCGUCGCUCAGUGCGACGUGGCGCGCGUCGGAUUGGUGGAAUCGUCCGUGAACAGCCUCUUGAGGCCUCUAUCGACGAGAAUGCCCCAGAAGAAGGCAUACGAACGACGGUUCGACGACGACGGGCCGUGACUACAAAUACCGGAGCCCCCGUCGCUGUCCUUAGUGGUCAGCGUCGUGGUGCAGACGGUAGAGUAGCACCCGUCAGGGGAGAGCCAGUUCCCGCCUUACAUGAGCAGGGGACGCGCCACAACAGAGAUGGUGAACGGCGACAAAGGGCGCCCUCCGCAAGUCGCUCUCAGGGUGGUAUCCAGCCAACACGACAGCUGACUCGUGAGGAGACCCUAGAAGCCAGCAACCAUCUCCUGACCAUGACAAAUACAGCUGCAGAAGAGCGGUACCUGAGGGACUUGCUGCAGUUGCGACGAAGAGUCGAGGAGACUUUCGUCCCAGAAGGUCGAAAUGCGCGGAUUCAGGUCCCACGAGUGCAAGCGCCACGAAGAGUCGGCCUCUCAGAGAUCCCGAUGAAUGUUCUCAAUCACGGCCCUGUCGUAAUUAGGGGGAGAGAGGUCCGGCAAGGUGCUGUAACAAACCACAGACGGCCACGCCAGCGUCCGGGUACCCGAACCCACGAAGAUAACCUUAGGGGUGCUCUUGGUUUGAGGUAA